AUGCAACUAGAUGGGAUGGACUCACUUAUUAGUUGCUAUGUUGACUCACUUCAGAUCCUUCCUUUGGAAAUGCAGUCCAGAAUAACCGCAUACCUUCAGUCAGAUCUACAACAACGUCACUUACUAGCACUAGUUAGGCGCACUGUGGAUGAGAUGCAAAAGUCCGUGGAGCAUAGUACCAAAAGGAAGCAUUUGGACCAACUCAUAUAUGUUUUAGUUGCUAUCCAAAACAUAUGCGACCGUCGAAUCAAUGAUCUGGAUGAAUUAGAUGAAGUAAUUGAAACCCAUUCUUUAAAGCUGAUGAAUGCUAAAAUGAAAGUUGAUACAAUUGAUCCUCAACGUACUCGUUCAAAUACGGAAAAUGUCCCUGAAAGUGAAGUCGAUACCAGUGAUCUAGAAGUGUCUAAUCCCCAAUACAAUUGCAAUUUACUACGGCGCAACUUAUCUCAUGAAUCAAGUUUCGAUAAGUGCACUAGCUACUCUAUACCAAACACACGAUGUAGUGAUGUAAGCAUACGAGGUAAAGAACGCUUCCCAUUACGUGCUGUUAGCACUAAUAGUCGAACUGCAUCACGUCGAUCACUGAAUAAAUGGGUUCCCGGCGUUCAUCGCUUCAAGCCUGCUAAUUCAAUGGGCAAUAGAAAUGCCAACAACUCUCUAAAGUCCAAAGGUGAUGCUAACAAUAAGUCAACAAAUAGGACUUCAGUGGAACUCAAACAACAUAAAGUGGGUGUAACAUAUACUCGUUACUCUCGAAGUCAACAACAGAGAUUCAAAAGCCAUCGUGUAUUGCCAAGAUCACUUCACCCGAACCGUGCAAGACCUCAGUACUUAGAGUACGCUAUGCUGAGACAUGGUUCUCGGAGGAGAAGAAAUACGGUGUCGAAAUAUACUAAUCCCGACUCUUCUCGAAAUUGUGAGGAAACAAAUCUCGUAGGUAGUGUGAAGCGACGACAUGAACAAAGCCAUCCUAGCUUUUACAAAAACGACAAUUGUUUUGGUUCAUCUAGUAAAUCAAUAAGUGAUAUAAAUAUUGAAGAUAAAACAGAAGAGAGUGAUGUAUAUACCCUACUUAGUUUAAAGAGCCCAAAAAAGUUGGGAGAUAGGUCAUCUGAUUGGAAUAGCAGUUAUAAUGAAAAUGAAAAUGUGGCUGAUGUAGAUUGUAGUGACAGCAAUGGUCAUACCACAUAUGACAUGGGAUGUGAUCAAAACUGUUCUUCGCAGGAAACACAAGUCAUCAGAACACUAACUAAUCAACUAACAAACGCUCAAAGUGGUGAACCAAGUCGUCAAAAGAUGUAUAGACUCCGACGAGCUAGUAACAAUGUACAGUCAACACAAUCGUAUCACAGACCCAAUUCAUCUUUCCCACCUGCAUCACCAGAACAUGGAUCUAAUCGCAAUUGUUUAACAUCUCAGAGUCUUAGCCACGGCAACGCUAGGCGAGGAUGUCGAAGUAAUAACACCGUACGUCACAAAAUGGAUCUUCAAGUAAACACACGGUCUCCUCCAGGAAAUCCAUUUAA